AUGCAACUAGACUCACUAAUGGCGGCAAAGUUGUAGUUUAUCGCCGAGUGAGGGAAUAAAUCUAAGGAUGGCUACAACAAUUGCCCCAGUGGAUGGGCCUCCAGAGGUGGUGAAUGCUCGUCGUACAGAAUCACUUGAUGCUCCACAUAUACUGAAACUUGUCCAAGGAAACACAGAUGCUCUGUUUGGUAGAGUCAAUGUUGUCAAUUUGAUUGAGAAAGCAGUUUUGGCUGUCACAUUAUGUAAUGAUAAAGAAGAUAUCCUGGGCCAUGCUGCAUUCUUUGACUACCCUAACAUUCCCGAGGUUGACCAAGCUAACUGGGAGACCUGGAUGAAGAGCAGUUAUGGCAAUGAGAAGAGUACAGCUCUGAACACGCUCUUCAUGCAUUACUUUGUGGGCAAGUCAGACUAUGCCCACGGAUGCAGCAGAGAAAUAAUCAGGACAGCGUUCAAUGCUGUACCUGAUCUUCAUUUCCUCUACCUGUUUGUACCAAUGAAGACAUACCCAGAAUCUGCUUUGGAUGAGGUAUUUAAGCAGCUUGAUAAGAAGGAGGGAGUGAGUGAUGGAGUGAGCGGGGCCUUGUUUGUGUGUCACAGACAUGACCAUGUACCGGUCCUGCAUGUCAGAAAGGCCACUGUGGAGGACCAUGAUGACCUUACUCCAAUCUUCACUCGCCAAAGUGACAUGUUGAGCAUGACUUACGGAGACUAUUUCCUGGCAGAGCUUGUGGAGGCUCAGGAUGAGCACAUGCAGUGCUUAGUAGCUGAGGUUGAAGGAACAGCUAUCGGAUUUAUGAGUAUCAGUGAUGAUGUCAAUGCUCCGUUGUUAAACGAAUGCUUUGAGCUUGGACCAUUCCACGGACUUUGUAAACCCCACCCAGAAGACAACUUGGUGCCCCCCAAAACUCCCACACCAUCACCUCCUCCAGAAGAAGAACGACCAUCUUCCAGAGGAUCACAGAAAUCUGGAGGAUCAGGGAAACCUGAAGGAGAACCAAGUUCUGUUACAGAGGCCACCAAGAAUGAGGGAACUGAAGUGUCUGCUUCAGAGAAAGUAGAGGGCAAGAAAACCAGCAGUCAGAACUCAAGUGGAAGGAGUUCUAGGGCGGGUAGUACAAGUGCGGAAGACCCAGUUAAAGUUCAGCCUAAACUCAGUGACCCUCACAUGCUCGAGAGCGCAACGUCUCUACUGAGUGACAGCGGAGAAGUUGCUAAGGAGAUGGAAGAACGCACAUCACAGGCGUCCAGUCGGAAAAGCUCUGUGAGAGAAGAGAUAUCUUCAAGACUUGCAGCACCGAUUAAGCCGAUUACACCUAUGAACAGUUUGCCAAAACGCUUUGUGCCAACAUACAAAGGGGAAAUGAAUGCUUUCAGCAUACAGCUUUUCUGCAUUGAUGAAAGAUAUGAAAUGAGGUCAUCCGAUUUCUUGACCAAGGCAUUCUCGCUGUUCCCAAAUUUUGACUUUUGUGUGAUUACUGUACCGCACCUUGUCCCAGAGUUUCCUCUCCUCCAAGGAUUUGUGAGGGUGACGCCGCGCUGUCCGAGUACUCUACCACAGGAGUUGUAUGUUUUCCACAGAUCAGGGCUAAUGAAAGAUUUCAAUGUGCGACCAGUCUGUACAAAAGACACGGCUGGAGUGGAGAAAUUGGUAAAGACUGUCAGCCUUCAGGAAAACCUGAUGGCCGACCUAAAACAGUACAACCAGGCAAGGAGAGAUGAGGAUGGUAUGGAGAUUCAAGCAUUUGUUGCUGAAUGUCAGAAUCAGAUUGUUGGGAUAGCUAUUAUAAGAAAGGAAGAGGACAUUGAGUAUAUCCGAUCCCACUACAACAUAGAAGACUUCAUCUACUUCAACCAUCACAAGCGAGAGGAACACGGCCAUCUCCAUCACUUUUCACUCAACCCCAUCUUCUGUCACCUCUCAAAACACUUCAUCAAGGAAAUCCUGCGACAGGGCCACAAGACCUGUCUGUACUACCCGCUGUAUCCGGCAUUUACAGACAAACAGAUUGUAGAGAAACACUCACUGGUGUGUUGUUUGAAUGACAUGGUACCUGUAAGAUCCCGUCGACAAAUCAUCUACCCUGUGGAAAAACUCGGACCGAACGCUCCGUCUGAAAGGGUGUUGGCUGACAGGGAACCAUACGCCCUCAACCACAUCAACAGGAAACUGGUCAUGGAGCCAAAGGUUACCAUCAAUGCCAGGGUUGUUGUUGUUGGAGCAUCAAAUGUCGGCAUUGCAUUCCUAGAAACACUCGCAUACAGUCCCCACCUGAGGUUCCAUAACCUAACUUUGAUAUCACCUCACGGCCUGCCGGGCGAGAUGGCACCAGACGAGGUCCGUGAUCAGAUGCUGGGAAAUAACUUCUGUUACAACCAAAACGAAUUCUCAAAGACAUCUCUUCGAACCUGGGUCAACGUCGUGUACGGGAAAAUGACCUCCAUCGACAGAAAGAAGAAAAAUGUUAUUGUGGAGAACAGUACGAUGGUUCCUUAUGACCAUCUGAUUCUGUGUACAGGGGAACAGUAUCAGAUUCCAGCCCCUACUGAGGCCAAUGUUGACGAAGGAGCCACUAAUGAAGAUAUCCCUAAUUCCCCUGACAGGAGAUUUAUGAAGGCACAGCCCAAGAAUUUGUUCCUCGUAAAUGAUGAAUACGAUGCUAUGGUAGCACUUUAUUGGAUUGAAAACACCUUCCUUAAGUCAUCUCGCAAGGUAAUUGUCUAUGGGGGGACGCUGGAUGCCUACUGUUGUGUGCAGUCUCUCCUAACAAUGGGUGUGACAGGAGAUCGAAUCGCUCUGGUGCGACCGGAACAAGCUUAUCAGACAACGUGUUUCAAUAAUCCGACCCUUGAUGAGACAAUUAUGAAGUCGAUUCAGGAAGCAGGUGUCCAAGUGCAUUCUGGGUACUAUCUUGCCCAAUGGAAUGAGGAUCUUAGUGAGAUAAACGAGAUAAAAACAGCGAGCUUCACGUCCAGUACCACACCACUAGUUUUGGAAUGCGGGGCAUUCUUUGCAUAUUACAAGGCUUCUGUAGACACAGACUCAUUUAGAGCCAUCAAUGACGCUUGUCUGGUAUACGAUGGUAAACUUGUGAUUGAUGCUGCGUUCCACACCAACGAUGUCGCUAUCCGUGGUGCUGGUACACUGACCAAGUACCAGCGUAAAUACCACGCCGAGCAGUGGACACACGCCAACUUCAACUCUAAAGAAGUCGGCAUCCAUCUGGCCACUGAAAUGUUGCGGUUAUUUGACCCUACAAUGGAACCUCAAUCGGCACCUCCAGAGGAAGCCCUCAACCUUAUCCCCAUCUACCGCAACCCAAAGAUCCAAGGUGGACAUUUACCGGGGGGCUACCAUUAUCUUCAUGUGGCCAAACCAGGCCUGGACACGCCCCUUAGUAACCAGAUGGCACAACCAGAUUAUGGUAAAGAGUACAUCACAGGAACGGUGGACGGAGAUCCGGGAUAUUUCCGUCUCCACAUCAACCAGUACAACAAUAUAGAGACCAUCACAAUUCUUUCAAAACAGCCGAUUCCAAGCAGCAAUUUCAACUGCCUGUACGGCCUACAUGAAAGAAGCCUCAACAACUUGAUCUCCAGGUUUAACGAGGGCUUGAUUAAAGAUUUCAUCAGCUGUUUCAUGGAGAAAUGGUGCCUGGCCGUUUAUCACGACAGAUUUGCAGAUUUCCGUGAUGAAGUCCGUGAACUCCUUAUCACAAGUCCAGGUCCGGGACAGGAGUCCGUGGAGGAGCGUGUCCGACAAGUUGUGGACGAGGAUGUAGCUAUGAACGAGAGUCAGAAAGGUGAACUGUUGGAGAUGUACAGAACUAGUGGAGCGAAGCGUGCUGUGGAGACCAGGCUUCUCAGCUUCAUCAGCUACAACUACUACCAUCUACCCAUGUAUGCCAAACCUGGCAUGGUGUAAAAUCUGGUGAAACACGAAAGGCCUUAGGGAGAAUAAAAGUCAACAUAGUUUCAAUCAACUUUUAAUGUAGUGUGAAAACGAGAAGAAAAUUACAAACAAGAAAUAAAACAAACAUUAAAAGUUGAAAUAUUUUUCUCAUGAGAUGACACAGAGUGAAGCAGGAAAUUGCUGUUAGCAGUUUGUAAAACAUUGGUGAUGGAUGUGUCGAAGCAAAGAAAAUAAAAAUCAUCACUAGUUUUGUAUCCAUUAUCAACUAGGAAUUGACUUAAUAACCACACAAUAACAAGAAUUAUAACUGGUUGGACAAAAUGUCAACAAAACUGACAAAAAGUCAUCAACUUGUGUAGCCUGAAUUCUGCAAUACAUGUAUAUGUCAACACUAUUUCAACUGACAUUUUAUGUUUUCUUAUGUCUAAUCUCAUCCUGUUUGACAUGAAGUUUGAAAAUCUUUCUCAAUUUGAUGAAUUUAUAAAGUGAUCUUUUUUUUAUUAUGUUGAUAUAAAUAUACAUGAGCACACAUCACAGAAAUUAACAUAAUUUAAUAUUCUGAGAAGAAAAAGACGAUUUAUUUACAUACAUAGAUAUUUUGUUGAUAACUUGAACAAUAGAGUGUAUUGUAUCAGUCAUCAUUGAAUAAUGGAAGAAUCAGUAAUGACUCGAUAUGUCGAUGGAAUUUUUACGAUGAGAUUUGAAAACAUUUCAAAGUCGUAAAAAUAUUCAUGAAAUCGAUCAAUGUACAGUAUAAUUAUAUGUAUAUAUUUAUUAUGUAACUCUGACAUCCGUCCCACACAGAGCUGUGAUAAGUAUUUACCGGAUGGUAGUAAAAAAGGUGAUAAUGUACCGUUCUUUGUCAGAAAUUACAGUUCUUACACAUCCUUGGAUUUAUAAUUAAAUGAAGCAAACUGAUAAAUAUAUUUUCUCUAAGUUUAAAGAACAGUGUAGUACGCUGUGUUUUUCUGUAUUAUCUGUUGAAAUAAAAUAUCACAAAUUGU